AGAUUCCUUAUGUAAAAUAACCAAUACAUAUUUUUCUAACAAUUCUAAUGUGUAUGCGUUUUUGCCUGUGCAAACACGCCAUUCAUUCUCGUAUGCAUGGACAUAUUUGUUUAAAUAUGUUAUACUUCCGAAUGUAAGCAUACAUAUGUAUAUAUAAUAAUUGCUUUGAGUGUUUACGUUUACGUGGCGCUGUCAUUGGCUGUGCCGAUUGGAAGAGUAAGUGCAUUUGUGUGAAUAACCGUUAACAAAAAUAUCCACAACUAUACUGAUGUCAUUUACGAGAAUGAUGUACUGGUUAGCUAUGUUCAAUAUUAGUUAUCAAAUAACCAAACCAUAUUUUUAUAUUAUCGCAAAAUGUUUCUAUGGAGUAUAAUGGUUUUGUUCACCUAACCGUUGUUUGUAUCACUUAUAUAUAUAUUUUUAUAUAUGUUUAUAUAUAUGAACGAUCAAAAUCGUAUCAUCGAGCUGGUAUCUAAAUAAAAUUAGGUACGUUGCUAUUGCAGAUAGGAUGAAUCGGACCAUUGCCACGCCCAUAAAACGCAUCUAAUCUAAUGUAAACGUAUACAGUUCCAUGAGUAAGCUCCAUAGUAAAUUUAGGACGGUUAUUUGGUAUGACGUAUCGCAUUAGAGAAGGGCAUUUUCUGUUUGAAAGAUUUUGAAAAACUGCGCCUCCUGAAUCAACCAAAAUGUUGUUUUAGUACAUCCGACAGUGUUAAAUUCACCAAAAUCGAACUGUAAUUCCGCCCACUCCCUAUAAAACAGUUGUAGUAAAACUACUUAAAAUGGUAUAAAUUAAGAAAUAAAUGUGCCAGAGACGUUAAACGUAACACCCAAAAUAACACGAGAGAAUUUUAUAAGAAACGGAUGUCAAAAUUAAACUAUGGGUGUAACACCGCACACUUUUAGGUAAAAAAAACACGUCUCUGGAUCUACUAUACACUUUUAAUCAAAUAUGGUACACAACAUUAUUCUGACGUUCUAACAUUACGUUCGAAAAUGGGCGAAAUCGAAUCACAACUACACCUUCUUUCCAUAUAACACAAUUUCAAAUGUUACAGAUUCCCUCACUUUCUAAUGAAUAUAUGGGAAUAAAACUCUACACAACUAGUGUGCCAGUUUGAGCCCAAAAAUUGUCAAAAUCAGAUCAUAACUGUUUAAGAACAGAAACUGAAUAUAGGGCCCAGUGCAGUUCCUAUUGCUAUCUGUUUAACAAACAUAUCGGUUAAUCUGUAAAACUAGUGCUUCUAAGAAAAGAUUGUCAAAAACGGACCAUACCAUUCAGAUACUGAAUAUGGAAACCACAGUGUACAUUGCCAACUUUUGAACGAAAAUAUAGAGAACGGUUUUUUGAUAAAAUAAUGUCUGUAUAUGGUAAAUGGAUUAAACCAGGUUAACUCUCAAAUGCCUGACAUAAUCAUUUUCGAACUUUGGGUUGGCUUAAUUCCACAUAUAUCGAAAGUUGUGAGUUAUCGUAAUGAAAUUAAGAAAGCGUCUUUUCAUAAUAAAAGUAUAUCUUAGUGGCUAAUAUGAAAGAGAUUAGGUGAAAAAGUUAAGACUUGGGCUUAUAUAAUCUAUGUUCAAACAUCCGGUCGACUGUACUCUUUACAUAUUGGUGAGGAUAUACGAAUAUAUGGUACUUUUACAAAACUAAAAAAACAUUCUUUUCUCUAACUAAGUAUAUAUUAUAUCUCACAAAAAGUAUAUGAACUAUUAUACUAUACGUAGAUAUAAUAUACUUCGGUACUAAACGUACAUAUGUGAAAUUGGUUCACGAAUUAGCCAAGCUUCAAUAUGCUACAUACAUACUAUAUAAUAUACAUGGUGAUUUCAUUAUAUUUUAUUCUAAUUAACCUUAUACUGAAUAUGUCUGCCCGUGCAUGAGUUUUAUAUUUAUUUAUAAUAUCGGUUGAAAAUAUAUUUUCAAGUAUACCUCAGCAAUGUCAAAAUAUAUAAAGUUUUCCGAUUUCCACCUGAUUUUAAACCUUUGAGGUUGGUCAAAAUUUGUGAUGUUAUAAUAAAAGGAAGUGGAAAAGUUUGCUUAAAAAUUAUGUGAUCCAAGUAGAGACACUUUUUUCAAAGCCUUUUUUUGACAGAUCACGUGUGUCGUGUCAAGUUGUCAAGUUAGUUUUGUUCAGUAUUGUUUAGCAUUUCACCUGAACAACGUUCACAAAUCGUUCAAUUAUAUUAUGAAAAUUCAAGUUCUGUAAAGAAUGUGUUUCGCGCGUGUUUGGUCAACUUAUCGUCAGCCAUCUUGAGAGUCAGCAUUCAUGAUUGGAUAAUAGCCGACGGAAUAGACCCCGUCUAGCAAGCAUUGAAGAAAAUAUAGCAGUCAUAAAUGAGACUGCACUCGCAGACCGGGGAGAGUAGAUUCAGCACCGUUCGCAGCAACUCCAACAGAUGUAUGGAACAACUUGGCGCUUUUUACGUCGUGAUCUUAAAUUGAAAGCGUACAAAAUAUAGCUUGUGCAAAAAUUUAUUCAGACAUUCUGAAACGCCAUCACCUCGCUUUAUGGGCUCUUGAAAAGUUUCAAAAGAACCUGACGUUUUCUAACCAAAUUUGGUUCAGCGAUGAGGCUCAUUUCUGCCUCAAAGAGUUUGUAAAUAAGCACAUUUGCGCAUUUGGCAAGAAGAACAACCUGAUGAGAUUCAAGAGCUACCAUUUCACCGUUAAAAACAACGGUGUGGUGUGGUUUGUGGGCCAGGGUAAUCAUCGGCACAUAUUUUUUCAAAAAUGAUGUCGAUGAGAACGUAACCGUCAAUGGCGACCGUUAUCGCGACUGUUUGACGUCUGAAAUUGUAGUUCGUGAUUUCGGCGACAUUUGCUUUAAGCAAGACGGACGGCAGGACGGCAGCAAGCAAUCAUUGGAUUUAUUGAGAGAACACUUCGGUGAGCAGAUAAAUUUACGUUUUUGACCGAUCGAUUUGCUACAAAGAUCGUGUGAUAUCACACCGUUAGACUUUUUCACUACGUUUUUUACGUUUUUGACCGAUCGAUUUGCUACAAAGAUCGUGUGAUAUCACACUGUUAGACUUUUUCAUGUGGGUAUAGUAAGUCCAUGCGGAUAAUCCUGUUUCAAUUCAGGCCUUGGAUCACAGCAUCGCGAGUGUCUUUAGCCAGUUACCAGCCGAAAUGCUCGCACGAAUCAUAGAAAAUUGGACUCAACGGAUGGUCCCAGCCAAGGCCAAUAUUUUAAAGAGAUUUAAAAAAAUGCUUAAACAUGUUCUUUCAAAUAAUAAUAAGCAUUCCCCUUUAAAUUUGUAAUUUGUGUUUUUUCUUUAAAAAUGUAGGGAACUUCAAAACCUUUAGAUUCGAGUAAGUUCUGAAUACACUGACCCGACUUCGUGGAAUCCCAAUGAAAAUUGAAUAUUUAAUAAAAACUGGCCUGGAACAUAAUAUUUCGCAUUUCGAGUAACUGAUCUACAUAACGCAAAUAACUUUUCCUAUAUGGUCAUAAUAUGAUUUAUAUAUCAAGUGCAACAUCGGUCCGGACACCAUAUAUACUUUAACGUUGAGCUGAAAAGACUGCUACUAGUAUAUGUAUCAGCAAAAUCUUCUGUCAGUUCAGUAUACUGCAUUAGUUCCAUUUCUGAAACCAUUCAUUCAUUUCACGCCAUUACCCUCCGUAAAACUGCAAGUAUCACAGUCCUUUUAUAAACGUAUUGAACAUAACAAUAGUUUAAAUUUGCAAGUAUUCAACAAAGCAAGAACUGUAGUUAUGCAACCUAUGUGGUCUUCAGCUGCUGUUGCUGCUGCGCAUAUUCAAGCUGCUUUGGUAGCCGCUGCUGCAGUCGUUAGCAGUAGCAAUGGCAACAGUAGGAUAGGAAUAGAUCCUAUUAACUACAAAUCCGCCAAUUGCAAGACUAUAAUAAAUAGUAAUAGUGUUAGAAGUAGCGGCGCAAAUAGGAGCGUGAGCAAAGGAGAGACGCAGUCACCAAAAUAUUGCGAUAGUAUUGCAGGUGAUAACUUUUCAUUGGCUUCUUCUGUGCCAAUAUUCUUAUAUUCAACCGAUGGUGGUGUCACUCCUCCAGAAUCUCCCAUGACUCAUUUGAAUUCGAUUUAUCAUAAUAAAUUUCGUGUAUCACAAGUAGAUAUCGAUAACACUGUUAGUUCAAAUGAAAGAGGACAAUCAGAAUUAAAUGAAAUAACUACAUUUAAUGCAAUUGAAAUGGACGAAGAACCAAAUGAGCAAGGUAUUUCGGUAACAGAUACACCGCUCAAUUUAUCUAAACAUCAAUUUUCACCAUGUCCUUCACCACCAUCCUUUACAUCCAGCUCUCCCGGAUUACAGAAACAGCGUGAAGUAUUGGCUUUACUUACGUCUUCUUCUCCGAUAUCUUGGUCAACGCCAGCAGAAACCUCACAUGCGGAAAUAGAAUGUGAUGACAACACGCGUGGAUUAAAUUUGAAGAACUCAAUGGAAGUAACACCGGUAGCAUCAGCAGGUUUACCUGGGAUGUACUUUCCAUACACAACCAAAAAUCGGAUCCAAAAGCAUAUCACAGUCACAAGAACUUCAAAUACUACAGCACAUAGGUGUUCAUCGCCUUGCAAUGAUCAAAGGCGAACACGUUUAACUAAUGGUGAGUUAAGCGAAGCUGGUGCAAAUUUAUUGGCAUGCCGUAUGUGGAGCGCAGCCGUUAAUGAACCGGAUACUAUCUCAAAUCCAGAUCCCUUAAAUCAUCAACAGCAACAUUUGUUUCAACCAACGUCAAACUCAGGAUCAAUUGUUCAAAUAGCCUACCGAAGCAGCCCUCAAAGAAGCAACCCUGAGGAUGAUAUACCUACAGAAAAUACCCGCUUUUCAAACACAAUAACAAAGAACUGUGACUCUAUAUUGAAAUGCGUGGAAAAAUUGGAAGAAACUAAACCAGUUGCUGAUAAAUUUCGACCUUUAGCAGUACCCCAACAGCAAGAACAAAACCACCAUCAACAACUUCAUAACCAAAAUGAUCCUACAUUACGAAAACACCAAGAACAACAUCUGCUUAAGCCCGAUGUUCUCAGUGUUUCUGAAUCGAUAGAAAUUAUGUACGAAAAUAACCAUAAAAACAAAAAUCAAUCCAUAGUGGCAAAUAGCUCUAAGGGAAAUAUCGUACACUCUACGCCUCACAUAAAAAGGCCCAUGAACGCUUUUAUGGUAUGGGCGAAAGAUGAACGGCGAAAAAUAUUAAAAGCCUGUCCGGAUAUGCACAAUUCAAAUAUUUCAAAAAUUCUUGGAGCACGUUGGAAGGCCAUGACCAAUGCUGAUAAACAACCAUACUAUGAAGAACAGUCCCGACUAUCAAAACUACAUAUGGAACAACAUCCUGAUUAUCGUUACCGGCCGCGCCCGAAACGCACAUGUAUCGUAGAUGGAAAAAAGAUGCGUAUAUCGGAAUACAAGAUCUUGAUGCGGAAUAGGCGUGCUGAAAUGCGCCAAUUAUGGUGCCGUGGUAAUGCCGUUACAGGUGGGGUAACAAACCCUAACACAUCGAACUGUACGGCGGGACAGUUACUUAACGAUACGGAUGUUAUCGUUGGCUGCAAUAUAAAAAGUUCCAUUGCGGCAGCUUAUCAUCUUCACGAUAUGGAUCACUCAAUUAAUAACACAACGGCAGCAACAUUCGGAGUUACCCAAAUAGACAAUUCAAGUUUGGUUAUGGAAGGAGUGGUCACUUCAAAUGAGGUGACAUCACUUUGCGGAAAUUAUUAUUACCCGCCUGAUAGCAUGUCACCGCACUCUGGUUUUUCUUCAGAAGGGAACACCCUCAGCUUCAGUUCUCGAGAUGAGGAUUGAAAUUAUUCGUACAAAAAAAAUGUAUCAAAUACUACAAUUAUUAAGUUAUGUACAGCUAAUGCUGAGUAAUAAUAAUUUUGUACUUAAGCAGUUUUAUUGAACAAUGUGCCAUUCUCACUACGUAUACAAAGAUCAUAAAUAAAAAGCAUCUAAAUAUAUACAUGCUUAUGACAUACUCGUAAGCUUGUGUAUAAAUUGAGUUUUAACACAUUUUCUAGAAUCUUAUCCAAAGUUAUGUUAUAUAUAAGCUAACACCUAUUCCAAAGCGGUGAAAUAUUAUUAGUUAAUUACAUUUUUGUACACAUUUAAACAUAAAUAUUUUAAUGGUUUGAUAUGUUUUUGUUUUAUGUACAAAUUAUAUAAGAAUAAAUUUAACAGCGAGGAAGGAAGUAAAUGCUUCAAAUUUCCAACUCGCAUCCAACGAUAUAUAUUGUGCCAUAUGCUAAAGGUAAAAAGUACAUAAAGUUAUUCAUAAAAUUAUUCGACAUACUCGUGUAUACACAUUGGGUAGGCUAUAAUUAUGUUCUUUAAACAAUAAUUGAAAUAAAGAUUAUUACGUCUUGAAUACGAAUAUCUCAGUCGAUUUUCAUAAGAUGGUUAAAUACAGGUUCAUAACAAUUACCAGAUAUACUCGUAUUUCUAAAUUCAUAAACUCGUAAUAUGCCCUGGUAAAGAAUAACUAUUAAGAAUAUUAACACUGGGAAAGCUCCAAGUUCAGUUGCAGCCGAACACUCGCAGUUUCCAAUCAAUUUCUAGGUAACGUAUUUAUAUAUGUUUGUAAAACGUGAUUAUAAUAAGUGAAGAAGGUCUCAGAUAGGCGCUAGCCAAAUAUACUAUACUGUAGCAAUUUGAAACUGUUAAAUGCGUCGGUUUUGACAAUACUUCAUAUUAAACAAGUAAGGAAGGGCUAUAUUUAGAUGCAAUCUUAAUUUUGCUCCUCUUACAAAUUAUGUACCUGAGAAGCGGUGAGAUAUUGUCAGUUUUUUACAAACUUAUGUAUUAAAAAAGUACGCAGAGCUAAGUUCGGGUCUAAGCAAACAUUUUUCAAUUAGUGAAGACCGAAUACUUUUAACACCUUCUUUAUUAUAUCUCAUAGGUUAGAUAUACUUUUAGUAGAAUCUCAGCUAUUGCUAUUGGGAGCCACAUAUUCGGUAUCUGAAGGGCGUGAAAAGUUAUAAUGUGAUUUUGACCAUUUUUGGACGCGAAACACACUUUUUACGAGUAUGCAUAGUUUUGUUUCGAUAUCGUCAUUGGAUUUAAUUUGACGUGGAAAUUAACAUUUAAAUAUAUAUGAGAAGAAGGCGUGGUUGUUGCUGAAUUUCGUCUAUUCUCUUAGUAAUUUGAGGAAUAAAAUGUACUCUUACGUAUCAAGUUUUCUUGAAACUAAAUGAGUAGUUCCUGUGAUAUCAGAUUUUAUCUAUAGAUAAGUGGCCUUUUAAAGUCUUUUGCUAUAUUCUUCAAAUAAACAAGGAUCAACUUCUUGACGAAGAAUAAUGGGUUGUUUGAAUGUACAUGCAUACGCAACGUACAAGGUCAGCAGGUGAGGCAUUCAGGUCUUCCUUACUUCACGUGCGAAGACCUAGAAGUAACGUUGGAAGACCUUCUGGCCAGCUCAGAGUCCUGAUUCGAGGGACACCAAUCAGACGUGUCAAAGCCGUGAAAAACGCUGAGUCAACCGAGGGGCAGAACUGAGCAAUCCAUUAAUUCCAGUUGAGUAGAAGGCACUGCUACCGGUGUCAGCUGAAAUGUUCUUCAGAGAAACAGCAACUAGCCAUCUUGAAAAUCUAACUAUGAUUAUUAAACAGUACCUUAGCUGAUUGACGACUAAUCCUUCAAUGAGGUCGCUGAGACUGUGAUGCUAAAUCUUUGAGUGCAGGCACGGUAUGCAGUUGCGGAACCAGUUUAGUGCGUCCCGCCAGAUGUACUUCUGCUUGAGUGUGCGAUAGCUGACUUAACCUUUGGGAUGGGACAACCAAUGAAGCGUGUCAAAUUUUUGAGGUUAAUACGUAAAUUAGCUGGUGGAGCUCCUCAUUAUCUUAUUGCUCGUAUUAAAUCCUUUCGGUGCUCAAGAGGGUCGGCAUGCUAAUGAUCCUGGACAGGGCGUCAAACCUCUCUUCACCUUUGUACGCGCUGUACUUCACCUCUGUGAGGAUGAGCUUCGCAAAUGAAAAUCCAAAUUGCUUCCAGAUGCCAUAUUCGAACUGUUUCAGCGAUGCCCCUAUAGCUGCAUUGAAUGCUUCAGCUAUUCAAACUACAGCUGCUAUAUUCUGCUUGCAGAUGAUUUUAAGAAAGCGCAUGUGGUCAUCAAAGUCCAAGCCUCUCGAGCUAUUGCCCAUGGUCGCUGGUCUGGGUUCCAUUACGUAGUCCAACAGGCAUUCCCACCAUCUCAAAGGAGCUUAAAGGUGUUGUGACCGCUGCAUUUCCGAUGUCUCUGGAAACACUGAAAUCUGAUGAUACAUGCGAAAGAGAGUGAUCUGGGAAAUAGUUUUCUUACUGUGGGGACUAUGAAAUAAACCUUCAGUAACGAGUAGUUGGUAAGGACCCAUUUGCGCGUUCAAUCGCCUCAAGCUUACAGUAAUUCGCGAUCUCCAAGCUUUGUGGGUGUCAUGUAGAUGAGACUGGACGCCUGCUGUGGUGUAAGAGGCAGAAGUGACGUCGUGCUUAGUGGUAUCAAUGAAACGGUAAAGAAGCUCUACGUACAUGUUAUAAGUAUGGAUGUUGGAGAGAGCCUGCUGAUCCAAUGUCGAAAUUCGUGGUUUCCGAAAAUUCUUCAAUAGUUGUGGUGAUGCUAGCGGUUCGAUGCGCAGAUGUUUCUUGAGAUCUAUCGGUAGGCUAUAGUGUAGUUUCCUUGGCUGGUAACAGAUGGGCCCUCUAACCGAUAAAAACAAGGGUCUAAUGGUGCUGGAGUUCGAGAUGGCGCUCGGAAUCCUCUACAAGUUGCUUAGCUUCUGCAAAAAGGGUAAUAAUCAACGGAAUUGGUGAAACGAUUAAUGCGGUUUUUGCUGUACAGAGGCGGGUGCGUAUCUUGGCUGCAAUAAGAUAGUGGUUCGAGUCGAUGUUAGGACGUCGGGCUUGCACUCUUGCUUUCUGAGAGCACUUAUCAACAACUUGGCAUAAAAUGAACUGUGAGACGGCAUUUCAAACUCUUACGUACAGCUGCAAACUUAACCAUUGCUUUUCGGUAAAGGUAAAAGAGCAGCUGGUACGAUGAGGAGUUCCGUGUCGUAGCGAGAAGAAAACAGAUUGCCUACCACGCAACGUUACGAUCGACCACAACACGUGCUUGAUGGGAUAGAUAUCUAUAGUUGAAGAGAGAAGCGAGACGCAUUUGCAGACAGAAAAAGAAAGAGGCCGAAAUACGUGAGUAUGAAAAGCUUUAGAAGCUGGCCGUUAGGUGUAUUGCUCGAAAAUUGUACAAAAAAAUGCGCCAACUAACAGAAGGUUUUAAGACCGGAGUAUACUCUUGUAGAACACUUCUCCAUGGCAGUGAACCCUUCUGAGUGGCAGUGAAAUUAUAACGCCAGGAGAAGGCCAACCCGAUUCCUCAAUUGAUUUCGAUGAAACAGACGUUCCAUUGCCCGACCAUGAAGAAGUUCGAAUAGCAAUUAUCCGUCUAAAAAAUAACAAAGCGGCGGGGACUGAUGGAUUGCCGGCCGAGCUAUUCAAACAUGGCGACGAAGAACUGAUAAGGAGCACGCAUUAGCUUUUUUGUAAAAUAUGGUCGGUCGAGAGUAAGUCCAACGAUUAGAAUUUAAAUGUGCUCUGUCCAAUCUACAAGAAGGAAGACUCUACAAUCUGCACCAACUACCAAAACAACAAAUAACAAAGUGACAAAACAAUAUUUAUAUGCAAUGUACACUGCACGUCAUCAGGUUAGCACACUUUCAUCGACAUUAUGCAAUUGCUUCUAAGGGGAAACUUUAGUAUACGAUCCCACGAUUUCAGGGUUAAAAGUGGUAUGGUUGGAUACAGAUGAUGCUCCUGAUUAAGAAAAUAUAUAAUUGCUGCCGCCGCAAACUUAUAGUUUUCGAGAUAUUUGCAUUUAAAGUUGAAAAUUUUGCAAAUUUUAUCUUGCAUUUUCUCGAUUGCUAGUAAUUAUUUAAUUCAUAUUAUGCACUUUUUAUGCACUUACACUUCACUACAUUGUUUCUACAUUUUUUUCCAGUAAUUAUUUAGUUAUUUGCUUAAAAUAAGCAUUUUAUAUUUUACACAAUUUUCAUUUCAUGCACAAAAACAAAAGUAUUCCUUGUUGACAAAUAUAAGUGUUGCCAUAAUUACACAUUUAUCAAACGAAUAAAAAUGAAUAUAAAAACUCAAACCAAGAGACAAAUACCAUCUGAAAUAAAUUUUCCAUUGUAAUAAAAAAAGUUUUAAGGCUUAUAUGUAUAUUUAAUUGCAUCUAAUAAUUUUACAAAAGCAUCGUGAUGAUUAUUUGCAAUAUUUUUUCUCCAAGUAUAUUCUUAAAUUAAAUUAGAAAAAUCUUCGCUAUUAUUGUAAUUGUCCUUAAUAAAAAAACGUUUAAUUACUCGCCACUGGGACUCGAUGCGGUGAGUAUGCGUCCCGUCCUCGGCAACGAACGGAUUAUCGGGGUCGCUGUGAUUAAC